AUGGUACCUCUUAUCACUGCACCUCCUAUCACGGUACCUCUUAUCAUGGUACCUCUUAUCAUGGUACCUCUUAUCAUGGUACCUCUUAUCACUGCACCUCUUAUCACGGUACCUCUUAUCAUGGUACCUCUUAUCACCGUACCUCUUAUCAUGGUACCUCUUAUCACUGCACCUCUUAUCACCGUACCUCUUAUCACCGUACCUCUUAUCACGGCACCUCUUAUCACUGUACUUCUUACCACCGUACCUCUUACCACUGUACCUCUUGUUACCGUACCUCUUACCACUGUACCUCUUGUUACCGUACCUCUUACCACUGUACCUCUUGUUACCGUACCUCUUAUCACCGUACCUCUUACCACUGUACCUCUUGUAACCGUACCUCUUAUUACUGUAUCUCUUAUCACCGUACCUCUUAUCACUGUACCUUUCGUUACCGUACCUAUUAUCACUGCACCUCCUAACACCGUGUUUAUUAUUACUGUACCUCUUGUCACUGUACCUCUUACCACCGUACCUAUUAUCUUGGUACCUCUUAUUAUGGUACCUCUUAUUACUGUACCUUUCUUUACCGUACCUCUUAUCACUGCACCUAUUAUCACUGUACCUCCUAACACCGUAUUUAUUAUUACUGUACCUCUUAUCACUGCGGCUUUUAUCACCUGGUGUGGUCCUGGCGAGAGUCGAACGCUCAACAUAGUGAUUAAAAGGCCAGCUGCUCUACCGGCUGGGCUAUACACCAACUGA